UCGAUACCCUUCACGCGUGAUCAUUUCAGGACGUUGGUAUAUAAUAAUGGUUCAAUGUAUUUUGGAGCGAAAUAAACUGUGAAACGGCGGGUUAACACAAUGAGCAAAUACGUCUUACCCGUCUCCUUCUUCGGGACUGUAUUUGGCUGCGCGGCGCUACUGAAGAAUUACGCCUCAGGGGGCUCAUGUCCGAGCAAGGCCAGUAUUCCUGAGAAAACUGUGGUGAUUACGGGAGCCAACACAGGCAUUGGGAAGGAGACUGCACGAGAGCUGGCAAAGAGAGGCGGCAGGAUUAUUAUGGGCUGUCGCGACAUGGGGAAGUGUGAGGCAGCAGCGCGAGAAAUCAGAGGGCAGACUCUGAACCCACAUGUGUACGCCCAACAAAUCGACCUCGCCUCAAUCAGAUCCAUACGCAGCUUCGCCGAGAGAGUAAACCGGGAGGAGAAGAGAGUGGAUAUCCUCAUUAACAAUGCUGGAGUGAUGAGAUGCCCUCCAGGGAAGACUGAGGAUGGGUUUGACAUGCAGUUUGGAGUCAAUCAUCUGGGUCAUUUUCUUCUGACCAAUUUGCUGCUGGACAAGCUGAAAAGCUCCGCCCCUAGCCGAGUGAUUAACCUGUCAUCUCUGGUGCACAUGGUUGGAGAGAUCGAUUUUGGCGACUUGAACUGGGACAGGAAGAAAUUUGACACGAAAAAGGCCUACUGUCAGAGUAAACUCGCCAACAUCCUGUUCACUCGUGAACUGGCACGCAGACUGGAGGGUACAGGAGUCACGGUGAAUGCUCUGCACCCUGGGGUUGUUGCGACAGACCUGGGACGACACACUGGUCUGCAUCAGUCUCAGUUCUCCAGCACUAUACUGGGGCCGUUGUUCUACCUCUUGGUGAAGUCUCCAGAAUUAGGAGCCCAGCCCAGUGUGUAUCUUUCGGUUGCUGAGGAACUGGAGGGCGUGUCUGGCCGUUACUAUGACGUCAUGACGGAGAAAGAGCCCGCCCCCCAGGCUCUGGAUGACGAGGUCGCCGCCAAGCUGUGGGACGUGAGCGCGCGGUUGGUCGGCCUCGACGCGACCGCAGACGUCGCCAUAGCAACGCCGACGCCACCAGAGAGCAAGCCAACCGCAGAGACUGUUACUGUGACAGCAGUACCUGUAGUAGCCAGCACGGUUCUGCCACAGAACCAGAAGGCAGAACCUGUUCUCUAAAGCAUCACCAAGGAGACUGCCAUCUGCCUGUUUGGACUACAGCCCUGUAAAUAUCACAUGCGCUUAGACCUGACUGCCUGAAAAGUGUGUGUGUGUGUGUGCUUUUUUGUCAAGUAACAAGAGGGUAAAUUAAAUGACUAUAACUAGGAA